AUGACCACCGAGACAACCAUGGAGAUGGAAACUACUGAAACAACCACUGUGGAGAUGACCACGGAAACAACCACCCCCACCUUGUUGCCAAAUAUAUUCCCCAAAAGCACAGGAGGCAGCCGACCCCAAACUUCUGUCUUCCCCUAUGUCACUGUGUUCCCUGGCACAAACAGCACAAACUUCCAGACUGGCAAUCAUUCCUCGGGCAACUCCAUGUCCAACAGCACUGUGGUGCCUGUCCUCAGCAGCCCAGCCAUCCCCCAUAUCAAUGCCACCUCAAACAGCAGCAGCUUGGCCCCGCACUUUGGCACCAACCGCAGCUCUGCUGCUCCCACCACCAUGGGUGGCAGCACCAAAGGCAACGGGAGCACCAGUGCUCAGAUCUUUCCCACCUGGAUAACAUCUGAGGGCAGCACAGCUCCCAGACAGACCCCUGCCCGGGGUGGUCCCAACCCCAGCAAAACCACAGCCCAGCUGCCCGCUCCUGUCCAGCUACUCAUCCGUGUCCCACUGUCCUUCCGCAUCAUCAACAGGAGCUUCAACGAGAGCCUGCGUGACCCAGCAUCAGAGGAGUACAGGAGCCUGAGCCGCACUGUCCUGACCAUGUUCAAACACGUCUUCGGCUGUGCGGGCUGCAUGGGCACACAGACCUACACCGGGUGCAGUGAACUGCAGUACAGCCAAGGCUCAGUGGAGGUCCAGUCCACCCUUGUGUUUGGGAAUGGAAGCGAUGCUGUCACUCCUGAUGCUGCUGAGCAGCGCCUGAGGAAGAGCCUGGACCAGAAUGGCUUCAUCAUGGGCCUACAGCUGGACAGCAUCCAGAGCUCCACAGCGAUGUCCACAGCUCCAGUGCCCAUGGUCCCGGACUGGGCCAUUGCUCUGUUGGUCCUGGUCAGCAUCCUGCUGCUGUUGAGCAUCUUCACCUGUCUCCUCCUGAUGUCUACCUGCACCUGCCGCCGGAAAAGCCGAGGGAAGCUGGACCUGCUCAGCCAGAAAGAUUCCUACCACCCCAUGGCUGAAUACCUCCAGUACCAGAGCCAUGGGCGCUAUGUGUCCCCCAACAGCAAACCCAACCCCUAUAGCCAGGGCAGGGGCAGGUGUCGGGGGAGCUCGUCCCACGCCGGCCUCACCAGGAGGUGA